AGUCAUCCACAAACACACCACUCGUUUAGAGAUGAUACCGGUUCUUAUAGCCCUCACUCCUCACUCUUGGUACUUGAAUUGUAGACAUGUCUUCAGCAACAAUAAUAACUACAUUACUUUAUUUCCUUCUCUUCACUUUCACAUGCUUUUUAUUCAAACACUUCUUACAUCCAAAACAAAAAAACAUAAACCAUAAAAAGCCACCAGGUCCACCAACACUACCAAUAAUUGGAAACCUUCACCUAUUAGGUAAACUUCCACAUAGAACACUUCAAUCACUCUCCAAAAAAUAUGGUCCAAUCAUGUCCUUACAACUUGGUCAAGUUCCAACAAUUAUAAUUUCUUCUUCAAAAGCUGCAGAAUCAUUCCUCAAAACUCACGACAUCAAAUUUGCAAGCCGGCCAAAGAUUCAAGGAACUGAACUCAUAACAUAUGGUUCCAAAGGGUUGGCUUUUUCUAAGUAUGGUCCUUAUUGGCGUAGUGUGAGGAAACUUUGCACUUUAAAACUUCUUAGUGCUUCAAAAGUUGAGAUGUUUGGUUCUAUUAGGAAGGAAAAGUUGGAUGUUUUGAUUAAGUCAUUGGAGAAAGCUGCUUUGGUGAGUGAGGUUGUGAAUGUUAGUGAGGUUGUAGAGAAUCUUAUUGAGGAUAUUGUGUAUAAGAUGAUAUUGGGUCGGAGCAAGUAUGAUCAAUUUGACUUAAAGAGGGUGGUUCAAGACGUAUUGGCUUUGGUUGGAGCUUUUAAUCUGGCUGAUUAUGUUCCUUGGCUAGGUGUAUUUGAUCUUCAGGGAUUAACACGAGCAUGCAAGGAAACGGGUAAAGCAAUUGAUGAGGUGUUGGAAGUUAUUUUAACAGAGCAUGAACAAACCACUAAUGUAGACAAAAAUCGCCAUGAAGACUUUGUUGACAUACUUCUUACAUUUAUGCACCAAACCAUUGAUCUAGAAAAUGAAGAAAAUCAUUUCAUUGAUCGAACUAACAUCAAGGCAAUUUUACUAGACUUGACUGUGGCAGCAAUUGAUACAUCUGCUACCGUGAUUGAAUGGGCUUUAUCCGAACUUCUAAGACAUCCAAGGGUAAUGAAAAUCCUUCAAGAUGAGAUACAAAAUGAAGUAGGAAAUGAAAGAAUGAUUGAAGAGAAAGAUUUAGAGAACUUAAGUUACUUAGAGAUGGUGGUUCAUGAAACUUUAAGACUUUACCCUGUUGCACCCUUAUUACUCCCUCGUGAAUGUAGAGAGAGUGUAACAAUUGAUGGAUAUUUUAUAAAGGAAAAGACUCGAGUUAUAGUAAAUGCAUGGGCUAUAGGGAGAGAUUCAAAUGUUUGGUCAGAAAAUGCCGAAGAAUUUUACCCAGAGAGAUUCAUUGGCAAGAAAAUGAAUUAUCAAGGACAAGAGUUUGAAUCUCUACCAUUUGGUUCUGGCCGCAGACGUUGUCCUGGAAUUCAAUCGGGUUUAGUGACCGUUAAGUUGGUUAUUGCCCAAUUGGUGCAUUGUUUUGAUUGGGAACUUCCAUAUAAUAUCAGUCCUUCCAAUUUGAAUAUGGAGGAGAAAUUUGGACUCACUAUACCAAGAGCUCAACACUUGCAUGUAAUACCGACUUAUCGUUUGGCAUGUGAUGACAGGGUUGAAUAGGUUCAAGAAGGACAAUAUUAUGCUUGUAUGCAAUAAGUUUAUUACUAUAUUAAAGGACAAUCUUAAAACCCUCUUUUAUUCUACUAACCCUCUCUCAUCAUGUUUUUUGUAACUUGGUUUCGAAUCCGUACGCGGGUUCGCUGGAUUGCGCUCAUGGUGAGAGUUAGUUUGUUAGGAUUGAUUAGGGUAGUUUCAUUUUUCUGUUUUACACGAUGUAUUUCCGUUUGGGUUAUUUCUGGGUCAGGUGCAAUGUCCCCCCAGCUCUUUACCUUUUGUUCUUUUAUGUUAUUUUAUUUCUAUUUUUGCUAUAAAAAAAAAAAAAAAGUAUAGUAGGUCUAAUGGUA